AAAAAACAUUCAUCCUAUACAUUGCGUUGCUUUGUCAAUUGCUUCUUCCCAAAUUGAACCACAAUGCUUGCUGCACCAAGACCACCAUCCCUGACAGUGGGAUGUUUCAAGUUCCAAAAGCCAUCUGCGAAUGUUAAUCUUGUACAGAGAAACGUUGGAAGCAGUAAUUGCAAAAGGGUUGUGGUUGCAGCCAAAGCUACAUACUCUCGUGUGCCUUUGGACACUCCGGGGGCUUACCAGCUCACAGAUGAAGACACUGGAGAGAAAUUUAUUGUUUGGGGAGGUGCUGAAGAUGACUCUUCUAACUCUCCUAUCCCUUCCAACGAAGUUCUCUCUUGGAAACCUCUCCCUUCUCCCAACAACAACAACAACAACGACAGCACUAUCAAUCAAGCUUCUAAUAGGGGAUCAACAGGGAACUUUGGCAGACUGAAAUUUCGAAGAAUGAGAGAUCUAGUUAGAAAAAGCUACACAAAAAACAAAGAACGUGAUGUUAUUGAACACGAUGAACACAAUGUUAGAAAUACCUCUUCUCAAUCAUCAACAAGUUCAUAUGGUGAACCUGAUCAGUUAAAAGAGAAACAAAAGCUCAGUGCUCGAGCUCUUGCCAAAAUUCAACAGCUAGAAUCCAGAAAAAAUUCCCCAAAAACAAUCAGAAUGGAAGAUGAAGGCUAUAAUGGUGAAUUUGAUGCAGAAUCUGCUCGAUUAGUUGAUUCUGGAUCAAAAGCUUCUGCUUCUUCCUUGCGUGGAUGGGACGGAGGGCAAUCAAUUCAUCACAGAUCUAUGGGGGAAGAAAUUUCCAGAGGAAGGCAAAACUUGGAUGAUCGGAACAAUUUCUUUAGUAGAAAAUCCUUUCAGGAUAUGGGAUGCAGUGACUAUAUGAUAGAAGCCUUAAGGAAUCAGCAUUUUGUGCGCCCUUCACAUAUUCAGUCUAUGACAUUUGAACCCAUCAUGGCUGGAAAGAGCUGCAUAAUAUCUGAUCAAAGUGGAUCUGGAAAGACUUUGGCUUAUCUACUACCACUUAUUCAACGUCUUAGGCAAGAAGAACUUCAAGGACUUAGCAAACCGUCACCUCAAAGUCCUCGUGUUGUAAUAUUGGCACCAACAGCUGAAUUGGCUUCUCAGGUUUUAAAUACUUGCCGUUCAUUCUCAAAAUCUGGUGUUCCAUUCCGUUCUAUGGUUGUUACUGGUGGUUUUCGCCAGAGAACCCAACUGGAGAACCUAAGACAGGAGUUAGACGUUCUUAUUGCAACUCCUGGUCGGUUUAUGUUUCUUAUCAGAGAGGGUUACUUGCAGUUAACUAACCUCAAGUGUGCUGUGCUGGAUGAGGUUGACAUCCUCUUUAAUGAUGAGGAUUUUGAGACUGCAUUUCAAUGCUUGAUUAAUUCGUCACCUAUCAUCACACAAUAUCUAUUUGUGACUGCUACUUUGCCCAUGGACAUAUACAACAAGUUGAUAGAAAGUUUUCCUGAUUGCGAACUAGUGACUGGUCCUGGUAUGCACCGUACAAGCCCUGGCUUGGAAGAGGUCCUUGUAGAUUGCAGUGGAGAUGAAACAGCUGAAAAAAGUCCGGACACAGCUUUUCUCAACAAAAAGAAUGCGCUACUUCAGCUGGUGGAACGUAGCCCAGUUCCAAAAACAAUUGUCUUCUGUAACAAGAUUGAUAGCUGCAGAAAAGUUGAGAACGCAUUGAAGCGCUUUGAUAGGAAAGGAUUCGCGAUAAAAAUUUUACCGUUCCAUGCUGCACUGGACCAAGAAAGCAGACUUGCGAACAUGAAGGAGUUUCGUAGCUCAAAGGUGGAGGACGUUUCUUUGUUCUUGGUGUGUACUGAUAGAGCAUCCCGAGGUAUUGACUUUGAAGGUGUAGACCAUGUAGUCCUCUUUGAUUAUCCCCGAGACCCUAGUGAAUAUGUACGUCGUGUUGGCAGAACUGCCAGGGGUGCUGGAGGAAAAGGAAAGGCAUUCAUAUUUGUCGUUGGGAAGCAAGUUUCUCUUGCUCGAAGGGUUAUGGAAAGAAACAGUAAAGGCCAUCCACUCCAUGACGUGCCAUCAAUAUUGACUUAGCAUAUUGCACAAGGGAGCAUGGAACCUGGAAAACAAGACAAAACUCAAAAAGGCUUUUAUUUUGCAAAACCUUAUCGUCAUCUGCCAUUAAGUGCCUCCCCUCUAUUGAGCACACCUAUUUCUUCUCAUACUUGGAUCGCAAAUGAGGAGAACUGAUCAUCCUUUCUGGUGUCAAAGAUCAAUUUUGUUCUAGCUCUAUCCUUUUUUCGGCCGAAAAAGGACUAAUUUUCAUUAAUACUAGAACAGUUAAUUACAUAGCUUGAUUUGUCUUGGA